CGCUGGGGCUGCAAGAUCGUUAAUGAAUCCAUUACACAAACAGAGAGUGGGAGCGAGGGGUGUGGGGACAGACGGACAGAGGGAUGUGGUGUUUGAGGGGCUGGAGAGGGAGGGACGGACGGACGGACGGAUGGACGGAUAGUCCGGGGGUGCACGGAGACAGACAGAUGGACAUGAAUAAUCGAGGGUCUGAAGAGGCAUGGAUGGACAGAUGGAUGGACAGCGGAGGAGCGUGCAUGGAGACGAUAGAUAAGCGUGAAUAAUUGAGCAGCUGGAGGGGGAGCGCACCCCAAAAGCACUUGGUGGGAGGGCGGCGGGGGUCGGGGGGGCCCGGGCUUUGUGUGCCGGCGGAGGAGGGUGCUGGCUCGACAGCUCGCCGUGAUGCUCCGGGGGCGGAGAGGAGGAGGAGGAGGAGGAGGGACUUGCAGCCCUUUUCUGGCUGCCGCCGAGGCGGUGGGCGGCAGAGGGAGGGCAGUCCGGCCGCGCACCGGCUCUCGGGGGGGCGAAAACCCCGGUACCCGCACACCAUGGCUGGGCUCCUGCUGCUCCUGCCGCUGCUGCUGCUCCCGCCGGGACCCGCCGGCGGCUCCAAGGACAAGUGCUUCACCAAGAUGUACACAACAAGCGGGGAGUGCUGCAGAGCCUGCAACCUGGGAGAGGGGGUGGUGCAGCCCUGUGGGGUCAACCAGACUGUCUGCGAGCCCUGCCUGGACAGUGUCACCUACUCGGACACAGUGAGCGCCACGGAGCCGUGCAAGCCCUGCACGCAGUGUGUGGGGCUGCAGAGCAUGUCCGCGCCCUGCGUGGAGUCGGACGAUGCCGUGUGCCGCUGCGCCUAUGGGUACUACCAGGAUGAGCUGAGCGGGAGCUGCAAGGAGUGCCGGGUGUGUGAGGUGGGCUUCGGGCUCAUGUUCCCCUGCCAGGACUCUCAGGACACGGUCUGCGAGGAGUGUCCCGAGGGCACCUUCUCCAGCGAAGCCAACUUCGUGGACCCCUGCCUGCCCUGCACCACCUGCGAGGAGAAUGAGGUGCUGGUGAAGGAGUGUACGGCCAUCUCGGAUGCCGAAUGCAGAGACCUCCAUCCUCGCUGGACAACAUACGCGCCAGCCCCGGUGGGCUCUGACAGCCCCGAGCCUGUCACCAGAGACCCCUUCAACACCGAGGUGAUGCCCAGCACCCUGGCAGACACCGUCACCACCGUCAUGGGCAGCUCACAGCCCGUCGUGAGCCACGGCACUGCUGACAACCUCAUCCCUGUCUACUGCUCCAUCCUGGCAGCCGUGGUGGUGGGGCUGGUGGCCUACAUCGCCUUCAAAAGGUGGAACAGCUGCAAACAGAACAAGCAAGGGGCCAACAACCGCCCGGUGAACCAGACGCCUUCACCUGAGGGGGAGAAGCUGCACAGCGACAGCGGCAUCUCGGUGGACAGCCAGAGCCUGCACGACCAGCAGCCUCCCAGCCAGAGCACCCAGGGGCCAGCGCCCAAGGGAGAUGGGAACCUCUAUGCCAACCUGCCACCCAGCAAGCAGGAGGAGGUGGAGAAGCUGCUGGGCAGCUCUGCGGAGGAGACGUGGAGGCAGCUGGCUGGGGAGCUGGGCUACAAAGAGGACCUCAUAGACUCCUUCACCCAGGAGGAAUCGCCUGCCCGGGCUCUCCUGGCAGACUGGUCCUCCAAGGAGACGGCCACCCUUGACGCCCUGCUCGCCGCCCUGCGCAAGAUCCAGCGUGGGGACAUCGCCGAGAGCUUGUACAGCGAGUCCACCGCCACCUCCCCCGUCUGAAGGGUGGCCCGGGGUGGCCCCGCAGGGUCCCCUUCCCCCUUUGCCCCCUCAGCUCCCCCCUCCCCGGCACUGAGAGCCCUGGAGAGGAGGGUGGGAAGGAAGCGGGGGCUCCCCGGGCCCCCUCAAUUUACAGUCCUGUAUGCACUGAGCUCCUGUUUUCGGUAUCGACCCCUCCCAACGCCGCCUCCCCCCGGCAGCCCGUGAGCAGAAUGGGUGGUGGGCUCAGUCCCGCUCCACACCCAAAGCCCAUCUGCCGCUGGAGCAUCCUCUGCAGCCCCGCGAGGGUGGACGGACUGAUGCAGGAAUGAGCACCGCACUCUCAGCUCUCUCCUCUCUCCCUUUCCAGCCCCUCGUCCUUCCUCCUCAGGGCUCCAGCUCUCCUCUUCCUCCUGCCCUCCCUCCAUGGCCCACCCUGCCACUGUUCUGCUUCCCUCCAGUGCCCUGGAAUCCAGCUGCUUCCCCCAAACCGCAGGCGGAGGGCAGGGCUGGGAUGGGCACGGAGAGAACCGGAGCUGCUGCCCCAGGAUCUGGGGAGGGGGCUGGUCCCACGGCUCGGGGAAAGGAUUUGCCUUCCAGCAGCCCAACCGACACUGUGAAAUCCGGGGGGGCACUGCCCCCGCACACGCUCUGUGUUUGGUUUUUGUGAGAAGUGGCCAGGACCACCGCACCGUCAGGGACCAGGCAUGUGGUACCACCACCUCUCCAGCACUGGAGCUCCACAGGAGGACACUGGAGCUCUAAAGGGCUGAAGAAGUGCCUGCUUGCAGCGGGGACGUGACAAAAGGGCUCUGCUCAUCCUUCUCCCAGUGUCCCUGCACUGCUCCAACCCAGGAGCGAAGCCACCCUGCCACGAUUGCACUGUCCCUGUUUGCCAACAGACCUGGCUGGGCUGAGGGUUCCGACCCCCUGCUUGGAAAGGGCUCCUUCCCCCCCAGCACUGUGAUGGGGUGCUCAGAAACACCCGUGCCUGCUCCCUGCAGGCCCUUCGCCUCCGUCGGGGCGUGCAGCAGGUGCUGCCCACCCUUGGUGCACCAGCCACCACCCUUUGGGUGGCUCCCGCACCUCCCUCUGCCCGCACCCACCACGAGGGAGAGGACACCACUCACCAUUUCCACGUCUCCAGAGCUCUAAGUGCAUUUUCUUGGCAUAUCAGGUCCCUGCCCAGCACCCAGCUCACUCGUGGGUGGGGCUGGAGAGCAGACACCAGGUGGGCAAGCACUGGUUCACCCCCACAAGCUGCCACCAAGCAGCCAGUGUGGUCCUGGGCGAUGUCCCCAACGCAGCUAUGGCUUCGGCGUCUUCCUCGUGUGGAGCAUCACAAACCUUGUGCAGAAGAAGGACUGCAAGCAAGCUGGUGCACAGCACUGGUGCUGGGCACGCCUGUGCCUACGGACUCCCUCUUUGCCUCUGGAUUCAGCCAGAAACUCUUUCCUGAAGGCAGAAGGUGAUUUUCUUCUCCUCUUUAAAGAGAUAAGCGAGACUUGUAAAUAAUCCCGUGUCGUUUUACUAACUCCUUGAUGUUUCUAUGCGUGGCGCGGGGUGACGGCGCCUACCCAGCCCCUCUGCUCUUCCUCACAGCCUUUCCCCCUGCAAGGUGAGCUUUCGUUUUGCAGCCCAAGUCUCCAGUCCCACCUCAUUUCUGGCCUUAAAGACUCCAUGAGGAGGCAGGGAAACAUUCAGACCCCAAAAAUCGGCACAGCAGAUCCAUGAAGAACUUGGGAAAUUGAAGGAUUUGGCUGUUCCCGGCACGGGGAGAGCUUGGAGAUGUUUGAGGGGCUGAAGCCUGUGUCGAUAGGAUUCAAAUGCCCAAGACCUUCAAAGGCUUUUGGGAAUUUUGCCUCCUGUGAAGCAGGCCAGGCUGAAUCCAGAUCUCCAGGAUGGGGUAUUCAAUGCCUCCUGCCCUCGUGCUGCAAAAGAGCAAAGGUCCCUUCGGAGGAACAACCCCGGUGACACUUUGGCCGCUGGCUGCCCAUGCCAAACCCCUUGGUUUGGAACUCUUGGCCCUAACAGGGCUGCGUGUCCCAUGUCCGAGUCCUGACCCUCUCCUAUGACUAAAAUCUAAGGAAACUGUCCUAGAUUUGCCACUUGAAGCAGGCGACUGGGGCUUACGACCCCCCCACUGGGGCACCGGCUCCUUCCAGACCAGACACCCACAGGGAUGCUCUUAGAUGAUUUUAAACAAUGGCAGGUUGUCUCCACUGGUCUCUAUUUUGUGGUGGAGGCUCUAAGAUGGACUAAGGGCGACUGGAAUAAAGUGCCCGGAUCAAAAGCAAAAGGAACUGCCUGAUUCGGUCUGAGAAGCCAACCUGGGCACACUGUGCCAGCUGGGAAUUUCUUCUCUUCAGGACAAUAUUGCCAUGGUCUCAGGUUUCAAUUGCCAUAGCAAAGGGAUUUCCUCAGGGCUGAGGAACCAGAGACAAACUCAGCAUCCAAAGAGAAGCGGGGGGGAUGCCUCAAAUCCCCGGCUGCAGGAAAUAAAUACAAAUAAGACUAAAAAAAAAACAAACAGGGAGGGAAACCCAAGCCAAAGUUAGUGCCCAUCGUAUAUUGUGUGUCCUUUUCUAAUGGUUCUGUUGUACAAACCCCUGUGUUUCUCCACUCCCCCCCACCCCCGGUAAUGCCAAUGCCAAUCUAUUAGGGAGUUUUCUGAUGAAGAAGUAGCCGUUGUAGAAGGAGUUGGGGGGUUG